AUGUCGACAAAUAAAUCGAAUUCAAUCAAAAAAAUUGUUGUAACAUAUUUUUUUUUGGUUGGAUAUAUCGAUUAUUAGCAGUACUUAACUAUUUUGAAUUAUUAACUCUAGAUAGGCAGAAAGAAGCCGCUCACACAAUCAGAUAUGGCAAUUAUUGAUCAAGACUGCAACAUGGAGACAUCAUAUGCAAAAUUCUAAUCCGUAUAAAAAUAAUAAUGCUUGUGGCAUCAGUUGUUUUACUCUUUCAAAGGGUUGAUUUUAUUCUGCACCAUUCUCUAUUUAUUAAUUGCUCUUCUUUCUUCUUGUUAGCCAUUCAUAACCAAACAUUCCAUAUAAUUUUUUUCUUAUGGCUAGGAUCAAAAGCCUGCAGCAGGAAAUAUGUUGCUUUUUGUUACUAUUUAACUAAUUUAUAAGUUAUUUCUUUCAUUACUUAAACCUUAUUAAUCCUUUUAUAUAUGCUUACUGAGUAUUAAAUUGCAAGGAGCUUUAUCUUAGGAAAUCCUUUUAAAAACAUUAAAAUUUCCUCUAUAGAGAUCAAAGCAUUAUUCAACUGGAGAGCUUAUUAAUAUGAUGUAGGUUGAUAUACAUUAAGCUUCGAAUUAUUUUUAUUAUGCCAUCAUUUUAUUUACAGUACCUUUAUAACUAUUGAUUGCUUUCAUUGUUGUCUUUGUUACUUUAGAAGGUUAGGCAGUUAUUCCAGCAGUCGGUUCAGUUUUACAAGCAGCUAUAGGAAUAUUAUUUGGAAUUUUUUAUGGAAUACUCUAAAAAAGAUAUAUGGUAGCCAAAGAUAAUAGAAUGAAAGCUGUUGAUGAAGCCCUCAGUUAUGCAAAAUAAAUAAAACUGAAUACUUUAGAAGAAUUCUUUGAAUAAAGAAUAAGAAUUUAACGUGAAAAAGAAUUGCUGCAAUUGAAAAACGAAGUUUUGAUGAUGAUAUUUCUUCCCCUUAUUCAAAGUUUAGUUGCUAUCUUUACAUGGGAAUUAGUAUUUUUUUUAACAAGCCCUAUUAGCUUUGAGAUUAUUAAUAUCAUGAUGUCAAAUUACUCAAACAUUUCCAAUAUUUUAUCUAAUUUACCUUAUUAAUAUAAAAGUUUCUAAGUGUCAAGAAACUCAAUGGCAAGAUUAAAUAAUUAUUUUGAUUAGAAGGAAUGUAAUAUUGUAGAAGGAUUAUAUGAUGGUGAAAAUGAAAGUAAUAGUAAUUUUGCAAUAAAAAUAAAUAAGGGUGUUUAUAGUUGGAAAACAAAUGAUUAAAUGAAUUCAGAUGUUAUAGAAAUCAAAGAUGAAAAUGAACAAAUAAAUGAUAAUAAUGUUUUUAAUAUAGACAUAGAUGUAGAAAUUAAAAAAGGAUAAUAUGUUGCAUUUGUUGGAAAUUCUGCUUCAGGAAAGUCUACAAUAUUGAGAUCUAUUUUAGGAGAAACUGAUAAAUAAUCAGGUAAUAUCAUAGUCAAUGGUACUGUUAGUGUAGCAACCUAAGAACCUUGGAUUAUUAGUGGAAGUAUUAAGAAAAAUAUAACUUUUAUGAAUUCAUUUGAUGCACUUAAAUAUAAAUAAGUUAUUAAAAUUUGUGGAUUAGAAAGAGAUAUAGCUUCAUUUAAAAAUGGAGAUGAUACUAUUUUAGGUGAAAAAGGUGAUAAUUUAUCUGGAGGAUAAUAAAAAAGAAUUAAUUUAGCUAGAGCCAUUUAUAAUAAUGCAGAUAUCUAUUUAUUAGAUGAUCCUACAAGUGCUUUAGAUAUUAAAGUUAAAUAUUAAAUACAUCAAUAAUGUUUUUGUGGAUAUCUUAAAAAUAAGACCAGAAUCCUAUUUACUAAUUCUGUAUCUAAUUUAUAAGGUUGUGAUGUUAUCUAUUUUAUUGAGAAUGGAAGAAUCGUUAAAUAAGGUGGAUUUCCUUAAACUAUGAGUUCCAAUGGAAAUCACAAUACUUAAUAAAAGGAAACGGUGGAAAAUCAAAAUGAAUAGAAAUUAGUAAAGCCUGAAUUUAUUGAUAAUUAAGAGGCAAGUUAGAGUUUAAUAUAAAAGGAAGAUUAAGAAUAAGGGAAUAUUUCCCUCACAGUUUACAAAUAGGUUUUUGUUUAUAUUGGGAAAUAUUUUGCACCGUUAUGUACUCUUGUGUAUUUCGCAAUAGUGUUAGGCUUUUAACUUUAUGGUAAUGAUAAGUUGGCUUAAGAAAACGUACCAGAUGAAGAGUAUAAAAAAAUUGCCUAAAUUUAUUAUCCAAUUACAUAAUUACCUGUCAGCCUGGCAGUUGUAUUAAUUAAUGCUUAUUAUUUAUUGAUGGGUUUAUCUACCUCAAGAAAAAUUCAUGGCUCCAUUAUAAAUCGAUUACUUAAUGCAUCAUAUACAAAAUUUUAUAACACUAUAUUUAUAGGAAGGCUAAUGAAUAGAUUAAGCAAAGAUAUGUACAAUAUCGACUUAGAGUUUCCUAAUGAAGUCUAAAAUUUUAGUAUUUAAAUAAUAAACCUCUUAAUCCCAUUAGUAGAAAGCUUCAUAUAUUUAAAUAUUGCUGCUCUACCUUUGCUGCUUAUCUUUUUCACUGGUUUAAUUUAUUUAACGAUAAUCUACUAUAGAUGUUUAAGAGAAAUAACUAGAAUUGAGGCAGUCUCAAAAAGCCCAAUAUUUUCCUUCUUUUAAUAAAUUGUAAGAGGUAUAACAUACGCACGAACUUGCCUGCCAUUAGAAAAAAUAGUUGCUUAAUAGUAAAUAAAUGUCGAUGCCGAUUUGGGAAAUUAAAUUAACUUAGAUGGGAUUCAAUAUUGGUAUUAAUCUCUGGCAGGAUCAUCUACAAAUAUAUUUUAAGCUUUUUUAUUCAUAAUAUGCUUUUUUUUUCCUGGAAAAAAUAGUGAUAAAACCUUUCUGGUUUUAAAUAAAAUGCAAGAGCUUUCACUUUUAGUACUAAAUGCGUCAAUAUCCUAUGGCAACAUAUAAAUGUAUCUAAUAAGCUUUGAAAGAUGUCUACACUUAGCUAAUAAUGUCGAUUUGGAUGAAAGAUUUAUUCCUCGAAUAUCUGAAAAAUAAGAGGGUUUAAAAUAAAAUGAAAGUGAAAACACAGUUUUAAAGCUUGAAAAUUGUACUUUUCAAUAUAGACCAAACUCAAAAAGUGUCCUACAACAAUUAUCCUUUAAAUUAAAAAACAAAGAAAAAAUCGGAGUAGUUGGAAAAACUGGAUCAGGCAAAAGUUCUAUAAUUUUAGCUUUGACUGCUAUUUUAGAGUAGAUAGAAGGUUCAAUUGAAAUAGAAAAAAAUAAAAUUGAUCAAUAUUCAAUAAAAGAAUAAAGAUAAAAAUUUGGAAUAAUUCCAUAAGAUCCACUUAUAUUUAUGGGAAGUCUAAAAUAAAACUUAGAUCCUUUAAAUUAAUUUGAAGAGUCAUAUAUUUAAGAAAUAGUUUAAUAAUGUGGACUAUUAGAGAUGUAGAGUUUUAAACAACAAGGAUUAUAUAGUGAAAUUGCAUUAUAAGGAAGUAAUCUAUCUUUAGGUGAAAAACAAUUAUUAAACAUCGUUAGAUGCAUAUUAGAAAAUAAAAAUAUUGUUUUAGUGGAUGAAGCUACUUCUAAUAUAGAUUCAUAAACGGAAGAACAUGUUAAACAAUUAUUUUAAAAAUAUUUUUAGAAUGUUACUAUGAUUUCAAUUGCUCAUAAAGUAGCCACAAUCAUGAAUUCAGAUAGAAUUAUGGUAUUAAAUGAUGGAUAAAUUACUGAAUUUGAUCAUCCUUAAAAAUUAUUGGCUAAUCCCAAUAGUGAAUUUAAAUAAAUUAUAGAUCUAAUUAAGCAUUCUGAUAAUAUGUGA